UUGACUGUUGUCUUGACUGGAGGAGAUAGAGAACAUUUUGAGGUCCGAAAGAAAAGAAAGUGUGCUCUACAAAUCAUCGAAACUGGUGCAAACUUGGCCAAAGCGUAUUUUAACCACCACUGUAAUGGCGAGAAAGAAAAGCAAGCAGCAAGGGGUCGCUCAGAAGGAGCUUGCGCCUGGACAGCAGACCGCACCGAAGAGCCCAGUCUCUCCCGGCGAUGCAGCUGACGGUGGCGGCGGAGAUGCUGGGCUGGAUAGGUUGGCUACUACCAGGGCGAACCAGCCUAUGCACACCUGCUGCCUCCUGUGCCACCGAGAGUUUAAGGACUGGGGAGCAGGCUCGGUGAACGGACUCCCCGGUGGCCAUGGGACCAAGCUGGCUGAUGCUGUGCCCGCGCUCUCCCAGGCCUUAUUGCGGGAGGCGCCAGGGCGUAAGCUUGCUGAUGCAGUGCCCUCGCUGUCUCAGUCUCUGCUGGGAGAGGUGCCUCUGUGGAUAUGUCAGAGCUGCUGUAAGAGUGUGGAAGAGGAGGAGAGGCGGAGCACCCAGGAGCAACCCACGCCGGUACCAUUGUCACACUCUUCCUCCUGUAAGUCCCAGAGCUGUGGGAACGGUUACCCGGAGCAAAGUACUGUGGAUUGGGACCCGAGUUCCUUCCUGUCAGCCCACAAACUGUCAGGUCUCUGGAACUCUGCCCACACCAACGGAGGGGAACACUGCAACCACAACACUUCUUCACACUCACAACAAGGUAUAACAGCUGGAUCAGCCUGUCAUGAGAAAAGAGGACUUCAUGAAGCACCUGGGAAAUCUGCUAAAACGUCGGGGACUAAAGUCUGUCCCUACAGUCACCCGUCAUCCCAAAAUUCCAGCGGAUCUUCUGCUGGGAACCCCCUGUCUACCUCAGCAGACCUUUGUAAGACCACUCCCAAGCACUUCAAGACCAUGUGCCGUCGACCAACACCACCAGGUGAAGCCUUUCACCCCAGUGACCACCAUCAACACACAGACUUGUCGGUACCCCCCAACAGUCCCACUGGCCUGUCUUCCCAGCAUUCCUCCCUCCUGCCCCCAAAGCUGAACUCUGGGCAGCACGGCCACGUAACGUCCUCGUCCGGCACCGGGGUGGCAGCCCACGCUCCCUUCUCUCCGCUGGUACCAAACCUCCACAGCCCCACCGCCAAACUCAACUCUUCCAGUCCAGACAGCCCAACAUCUGUCCAUAAGCCCAGCCCGUGCAAAAACUCCCACAUUCCUGCCGUGAACACGCAACACAGCAAACUGGGCACGUCUAUCAUGGGCUGUAACCACCCGUGUAAUGGACACAGUGCAGGGACGGUGGCCACUUCAAAUGUGGGCCACCUGACAGCUGGGGCCUGCAGGGACCAAGCAUGUAAGGGGCACAAAAUGACGAACGGGACGUUGUGCCACCCGUCGUCUGAGCUGGAGGAGGGGGAGGAUGAAGACAGCAGCUCUGAGAGGAGCUCCUGUGCCUCCUCUUCCACCAACCAGAAGGACGGGAAGUACUGCGACUGCUGCUACUGCGAGUUCUUUGGACACAACGCGCCUCCAGCUGCACCAACCAGCCGAAACUACGCUGAGAUCCGAGAGAAGCUCCGCUCCCGUCUGACCCGGCGUAAAGAGGAGCUCCCUCAGCGUCAGGAUUCAGAACUGACCGUGACCGGUGCCAUCGACAACCGGGACGUAGAUGAGCUGCUGGACUUUAUUAACAGUUCUGAGCCCAAACCUGUCAACAGUGCCAAGGCGGCCAAAAGGGCCCGACACAAACAAAAAAAGAAGGAAAAGGCUCAGCAGGGCAUGGGUGCUGCAGGCAGUGACCCCAACUCCAAUCCAUGCGAGCCUGUCGAUGACAACGAGCCCCUCCCUGACGGUUCAGAAGCCAGUCGGUUGCUUGAUUGGCCCCAGCUGGAGCUCGAGCGUGUCAACAGUUUCCUUACCAGUCGGCUCGAAGAGAUUAAGAACACCAUAAAAGACUCAAUCCGGGCCUCGUUUAGCAUGUACGACCUCAAUCUGGAUGUUAAUGACUUCCCAAAGAAGGCGGCCACGUUGGAGGGCAACCAUUUACUGUCGCAUCUCAAUGGUUCCUCUGACCUGCAGCAGAUAGACCUCGACUUGGCCCCUCUUUCACUGGGAACCUUUAAGAGCCACCUGGACCUGGUUAAUGGAUGGGAGGACACAACCACAGUCUCCUCCCCUAACACCCCCAGCACCACCACCACUUCCACGGCAUCAGGGGUCCCUGCUGGACCAAAGGACAUUCAGCGAUUGCACACUACCCCCAGUCUCUCAAAGCUCAUAAGGGUUCGGUCCCCAGAAAGAUGCACUUCCACUGGAUCUGACGGUUCGCCACAGGUGCCAGCUCAAGCUACAGCUAAGUCAAACGAGGAUGCCCCUGAUCCCAGGAACUCAACAGCUGGGAACGGUGGUGCAAAGACAAAGAAGAAUAAAAAGCAGCAGCAAAGACAGGAGCAAUCCGUGUCGGAGCAAAAUUCCAACAAACACACCAAAGCUGCCUCCGGGAAUGACGUGCAGAAAAGCAACGAGUGUAAAGAAACGUCUUCUAACGGCUCAAAAGCUGGGAACAAACAGCCCCAGCACUCUGCGGACAACCAGAGAAAUGGGCCCAAGAAAGCUGAGGAGGGCAGAUUUUCUAAACAUGCGGCAAACGGUGGCCUCUCGAAUGCACAACGGGGGAAAGGUGACACAGAAACAAGAGGAGGUCGGUCCGAGCAGGAUUCAGAAAGCAAAGCUCACCCCACCGUUCCAGCAAAUGGGCAGCAACAGCAGCAAGCCAGGGGGAAAAAUAAGAAGAACAAGAACAAGGGUGAAAAAUCUGGCGGUGCUAUCGAUGAUGUAUUUCUCCCGAAAGAUGUCGAUCCAAAAGAAAUGGAUGAGAGUGAUCGGGAAGUGGAAUACUUCAAAAGGUUUUGCCUUGAUUCUGCAAAACAAACUCGCCAGAAGGUAGCAGUGAAUUGGUCCAACUUCAGCCUCAAAAAGGUUCCUUCCAAUGCAGCUCAAUAACUUGGACGAGUGCCAGAAAAACAACUUCACACCACAAACUCUUUCAGUAGAGCCCUGUUUGGCCUGAGGCCUUCUCCCAUUCCUUCUCUUCCUUACUAAGCCAAGGGACCCUGGUUCAAAAAUCAUACUUUCCAUUCAGAGGACUGAAACAUAACUUGUGGCUGACAAGCCAGGGAUCAUUCUCAAGGCCAACUGUACCCUUUGCUAUGUUCACUAAAUGAGAGAUGCAAAAAUGGAAAAAAAAGUCUGUUGAAUCCACUGCAUCCAUGUGCUUACGUAUGUAGUAUGUAAACAAUUACCUUAAAUGAAAUAAAUGUUUUUAUCACAAA